AUGGUCCUUGGUUGGAAUGAAGAUCAUCUAUUCGAAAACAAAUAUCAGACUUUCCAGGAUGCUGGAUGGGAUAUCGUUUCGCAGGUCUCGGUGUUCCCAUCAGGCGUUCAGUUUGUCGUCGCGGACGUCGCACUCAUCAAGGAAAUCACUUCCUCACGCUCGCGUUUCCCCAAGCCUGUCAAACUCUAUGAAGCUCUUUCAACUUUUGGAAGCAAUAUUGUGGCGUCCGAAGGGGAGCUUUGGAAGAAGUACAGAAAGAUCUGUGCUCCUGGUUUUUCUGAAGCAAACAACAAGCUUGUUUGGGAAGAAACUAUGAAAAUCAUGCAGGAAUUGUUCCAUGAUGUAUGGAGGGAUGAAGAGGAAGCAAAGGCCGAGAAUGUACUUGAUAUUACUUUGGCGAUUACCCAAUUCAUUAUCGGCAUCGCAGGCUUUGGUCGCAAUAUGUCAUGGCAAAGAGAAUCAAAUAUCCCAGAAGGGCACAGUAUGACGUUUAGAGAUGCUCUUUACCAUGUUUGCGAUGGCGCAUCUAUCAAAAUCAUUUUACCCCGAUUGGCUAUGGGAUUGACUGCGAAAUGGAGGCGGGUGAGAGAUGCGUAUGACGAGCUUCAGUCAUACAUGCUAGAAAUGAUCAGGCAUCGGCGCACAUCUGACAAGAAAGAAGAAAGAUACGAUCUAUUCAGUGGUUUGCUGGACGCGAAUGAAGGAGAUAUUUCACAGUUAUCCGAGAGUGAACUGAUCGGAAACAUCUUUAUAUUCUUCCUUGCUGGACAUGAGACUACGGCUCAUACGUUAGCAUAUACGUUCACUAUGUUGGCACUGUACCCCGACGAGCAAGAAAAGCUUUACCAGCAUAUCAACGCUAUCGUCCCAGACAACCGAGUCCCUACAUACGAAAUGCUGCCUCUGUUCACGUAUUCCCUAGCCGUUUUCAACGAGACGCUUCGCAUGUUCCCCGUGGUCACAGGCAUACCAAAGAUAAGUGCCGAAGACACCGUUUUAAUAGCGACAAGCGCCACAGGAGAACAUGCAACCAUUCCAGUACCUAAAGGAGCGUCGGUAUUUCUAGAUGUUCCGGGUUUGCAUUAUAAUCCUCGAUAUUGGAAAGACCCCGAUACAUUCAAUCCCUCGCGAUUUCUCGGAGACUGGCCCAAGGAGGCGUUUAUGCCAUUCAGUCUCGCCGCUAGAGCGUGUCUUGGUAGAGGUUUUGCCGAAACCGAGGCGAUUGCGGUCAUCACGCUCCUAAUAUCUCGGUACAAGAUUGAAGUAACAGAAGAACCACAAUUCUGGGGAGAGACUUUCGAGGAAAGGAAGAACCGAAUGCUGAAAUCGAAGGGUGGCCUAUCGUUAACACCGCUUCGCAUGCCCCUGACAUUCAGAAGAAGAUGA